CGAGAAAUCUUCUGACGUGGAGCCGGUACCCAUGGUCUCAGGAAAGAAAUAAUAAAUUAUUUUUGCCCCUAUACCCUAUCUUCCCAAUAAAAUAAUAAACUGCAAAUUUCGAUUUUCAGUACACAACUACACAUUAAUUGUUCGUUGCUUGGCCUUCGCGAAAUCUCCCUCUCACUCUCACGCUCUCGCUCUGUCUGUCUUUGCGCUUUCGUUUGCCCGCCUUCCCAAGUCUCUCUCUGCUGCUAGAAGAAAGAACCUCCGUUUUCAGCCUUCAUCCGCCAUAGCCCCCCUGUUCUUCAGACUCUCUUGGUUUGCCAUUCACUUCUUGCUACCGAUAGGACCUUCCUACUCUUUCUACAUUCCAAAGCUUGCUCUCCCCUUCCUCUCCCCGUAGUGUGUGUAUCUUGUUUCUUGCCCGUGGCAUUGUGAGCGCAUUUGAUCGAAACAUGCGCCACUUCUCUCGCCUGCAAACUGUUCGACGAAAUGCCUGAGCCAUGCAUUCCGCCGCAACCGUGAAGACGCAUCUCUUUUCUUCUCCGCCACCGAGUUGCCUCCUCCCCGCCCCGAGUUCUCGCACAUUUCCAGCCUCAGUCUUUGCAGUCUGUCGGAGUAGAGUAGCGGUGGUGGUUGGGGGAGGCGGGUGUGGAGGGAGGGAGCAAGAGAAGACUACUAGUAAUGUUCUUUCUCUGCAUCGUGCGGCGCCGCUGAAGGAGGAAGGGCCUCUCACGGGCUUUCUUGACGCUAGGAAGAGGAAUGUUAGGGAUUCUUGCUGGGAAUUUGGCGAUGUGUUUGUGAGGAGGUGUAGCAAAGAUUGGGGGAGCGAAGGUGAUUCUGCUCUGGAAGCUGAGAUUUUGGAGUUUAUGAAGAAUUCUGAGAGCCCGGAGUUGUUCCCGUCCAAGAAACAGUUGAUUGAUGCAGGAAGAACCGAUCUUGUGGUGCUUGUUGCGAGGCAAGGCGGCUGGAUGGCUUCAGGGUGGGAUGCCGAAGACUGUGAAAGCGAAUCAGAGGUAGUCUUGGACUGGAAGACGGAUAGUGAAUCAAGGGCUUUGCUUUCGGACGAGAAGAAGGUGGAAAGUGAUCCAGAGCUGGGGCGUGAAGCCUCUCCCUUGCGCGAUACUUCGCACUCUACUGCUUCUUCGACCGAGAUAUCACUAGAAACUGAUAAUUCAGGAGUGGACGGUAUAUUGGGAAGAUUGGAGGUACAAAGGAAUGCAAAUUUUGGAUUUAAGUUGCCGGAGAGAAGUAAAGUCAAUCGUGUCCCCAGUCAUCAUCCUGCAUACGAUGAGCCUUCUGCAGCAUCCAAAACUUUGUUGAGAAAUGGUGCGGAGAAGUGGAGAAUUUGGAGUGAGCAGAGAGCAGCUUUUUCAGCUAAGGAUUUUGAAGCCUGUGAAAGUGGUGCUAAAGAAACCACAACUGGCGAAGAGGUUGAUUCAGGACUUCAUGUGCCUCAGAUGGAUGUGGAUGGCUGCAGCGAUGAUGCUAAGAGAAACAAGACUGACCCCGCUCAGGAAGGUUUGGAACCCUUAAGCACCCGGCUUCAGCAUAUGGAAUCAAAGCUUUCAGCUAUUCUUAAUACAUUAAAAUCAGAUUUUGGUGACAAUUUGUUCCGCAAGGCUAGCGAAAGGCCAUAUGAUAAGCAUCUGAAGCAUUAUGAUGCUUGGGAAUUCCAGGAAACUUAUAUACUGAGUCAGCAGAAAAAGUUGCGGUCAAUCCAGGCACAGAAAGCUAUCGUGGAAGGCAGAAUGGCUCUUGCAAUACUUGAUGCACAAAGGCUAGUGGAGCAGAAACAGAAAAAAAUCGAUGAUGCUCAAAAAGGCACCCAGCUUCUUAGGAAUGUCUACAUUGUUUGGCCUACUGAAGCCUCAGAAGUGUUUCUAGCCGGAACAUUUGAUAGAUGGGCUACUAAGAGAAAGAUGGAGAGGUCAAGCACCAAUAAAUUCUCCUUGUAUAUCAAAUUGUAUCCCGGCAAGUACGAGAUCAAGUUCGUGGUAGAUGGUAAAUGGAAGGCUGAUCCCCUGCUCCCCUAUGUUCAACAUUAUGGAAAAGAAGAGAUUCAUUGAUUGAUUGCCAGCAGCAGCAGCUGUGAUUCUUUUUGGUAUCCCAGUUUCCAUGUAAAUAGUAGAAAUUUUACUUUGGCUAACAUUCUCUAAUGAUUCUUUUACCAUAGUGGGCCAACCAUAAGGAUGGGGCUAGACGAUGUUGCAGCUUUAAUUCAGCUCGUGUUCUUUCCGUUGUGUAAUCCAGUACAGAAUCUUGCGUGGAAAUAAAUGAUUGUUAGAUUC